GUCGAACGCUGAUUGGCCGCGGCGACGACGUGCGGGGUGCAGAGCGCCGGGUGACGUCGCACGACGCAUGUUCCGUGCUAUCGAAUCCGAGUGACAGGUGGUGCGGCUCAGCUCGGCUCAGCUCGGCUCUCAAUCCCGUGCGGUGCACACAUUUGGUACGUGAUCGUUGGCGUGAAUAACGCGGUCCGUCGUGCACCGUCGUGGACGUUUGACGUUACUGCCGAAAAGCGUGGCCCUGCUGCAUCUAUCCUUUAAAGGGAAAUCAACGAGAGAGAAGGAUACUCUACGUCGCAGGUCAUCUUACGUCGCACACGUCGCGAGGACGCGAAUUGCGUGGUACUCCGAAAACGGCACUCGGGACACCCGUCGUCAUCCGUCCAAAUUGUGCAAAUCGCGGUGACAUGCACGCACGAUCACCCGUGCGUCGCUGCUCGUAGGUGCUCCACCCCUCCCCGUGUUCAGUCCCUACGAUGUGUACCACGUAUCCGCGCGACUCACCCGGGAGAUUCAGCUGCAGAAGAGCAUUCGGUGUUGGGACAAGGUUGGCGGAUCUAUAUGGGGCAAUGCGUGUCUCGUAAGGCGGGCGCCGUCGUCGCAGCAUCCGGUCAUCACAAUUCACCCUCGUACCGUAUCAUGGACAAGGCCCAGAAACAGGGCUCUUCGAAGCGCGGCACGUCGUACACACGCGGCACCGCGAUGUCCUUCGGCUUCAGGCGACGGCCCACCAGCGGGAUCCCUAUGCCGAUAACGAACUAUGUCGCCGGUACCACCAACGAGAAGAGCCUGCUGCAUCCACGAUCAAAGUCAGCCGGCCCGGAGCAGGAUCGCAGGCGGAUGAUGGACGAUGAUAACAGCAAUAUGAUUCAUAAUUCGUCGUCCGGCCGGUCGACACCGCGGCUUGCACCGCCGAAGAAGGACUCGAGUGGGAUCGGCGUCAGGACAAAUCGCUUCGGCUAUCGGCAGCCGCAAGCGAGAUUCACGAACAAGGUUGGCGACAUCUGCAACAGCCACAGCAUCAGUCACUAUAAUCAGGAGAAGCUGCAGCAAUAUUCGCAGCAACAGCAGCAGCAACAACAAGAGAAUUAUUUUGUCAAACAGCAACAACCAAACAGGAUGGUCGCGCACGUGCCACAGCAUUUGUGCAACACGACGGCACCGGCAAAAUCUCGCCCGCCGCAAUCGAAUAACAUGACUUACGGCGGCAAUUCGAUGAUGCAACACACAGACGCGAAUAAACGAGUCUCAGGCAUUCCAGAACCCAUCAGUAGGUACACGCUGCACACCAGUCAUCUGCCGCUACCUCAAUAUGCCGUACGGGUAAACGACUCGAACUCCAAGAUCGCCAAGACUGCAGCAAAUCAAAGCAGAAAGAUAUCCACGUCGAAGGGCUCGUCCAGUUCGAAGGAAGGUUCGGUGACCGAGGAUUCGGGUGUCAGCAGCCAGCCGACCGGUCCGGAGGACAACGAUAGAAUCAGAUCCAUGGAUUACAUGGAUGAUGCUUCUCUGAGAAGACGCGGCGUCGGCAGACCAAGAAACCUGCGCAUGGUGGUGUCCGGCAAAAGCUUUGACGUGAGAGACGUCCGUGACGACGACAGCACCGUCACGGAGAUCUCGGUGAUCCCGUUGCCCAAAUCUUUCGCAACCGCUACUGCGAAUCUAAAUACUGGCUUUGUGCGAGAGCGGGCCACGCAAUACCAGCGAAUCGUUAACAAGGACAAUAGGUACACCGACUCGACCGCGUCAAUGUCCACAACAUCCUCGGAGGGCUACGACGAGGGUUGUCUGAGCGAGGAGAAGGUCUACAAGGAUCGAUCGCGCACAGAAAAGGUCCCGUCCAUCAAAUCGGACUUCAGCCCUCCCAGUUCCGACGAUCCCGAAUAUGGACACGGUGAAGCCAUGGCAGACGAGUACUCGUUGAGCUCCAGCGACGAAUACCAGCGUACCAACUCCAUUAUCGCUCAGCACGCGCAAGCAAUUACCGCUGCCACGAAAAGCGGCGUAACAUCGAAGAACGCUCUACGCUCGGUGUUACUCACCAUCGAGGAUCCCGCAUUCGCCGCCGCCGCUGCUACUACAACCACUUUAAUAGACGACGAGACUUCACCAGUUGACAGCUUGUUUGACAGUCCUACCGCCAGCAUCACGCAGUCGGAUGGAAAACCCUCAAAGAGGGAUGAGGAACACGCACACGAGCGUUCGGACAACACUCUCGAGGACGACGGCCCCGGCACGCCGACAAACGCCUCCAACUCACUCAGCUUGUCCGAGGGUAGAGAGUUCUUCGACGAUGAGAUCGCGGAUCAACCCGGAUUGAUCUUCGACGACAACAACCCGAGAGCGAGAAUCGAAACGCAAUCCGCUAUGGGAGGUCAAGUAAUCACCGAGAAUAGCCAUACUUUGGUUGAGACGAGCUCUAAGAAUGCGCAUAUCAAAGGCGUAAUGAAUAGUCCUCAUCAUGGGCGUUUACAUCGAGCAGGCAGCGUAGACACUUUAUCGCCCUGCGAAUCCAUCGCGUCGGAUGAUUUAAUGUUAGAUUACGACGGCAGCGACGCGAGCUCUUACGAGGAACAACAGCGAUUAAAUUCCAAUCCUGCGUUGCACGAGCUGGAUGAUGCAACUAUAAUUUCCGAGCUGGAAGCUCAGGGCGAAGAAGUGAUGAGACAAUGGAGUUCGUUGCUGAACACCGCGCACAUGGAGGAGGCGAAUUCUAAUUCCGCCAACAACAAUUCCAUCAACAGCGGUAACAAUAACAAUCAGGCCGCCACCGAAUCCGGAAUCGGAAGUGACAGGAUGUCAAGGCUGUUACGCAGUAGAUCGGGAACGGAAUCGCCGCGUUCAUUAGACAACAUGCGCAACCGUCAAGUUUCUAGUCCUAUGAGAACGUCGGGAAGUGUGUCAUCCUCGUGCGUCGAUUCCGGUGACGAGGCCAGCCUCAGGAUAGACCGCGGCACGUAUCAGUACAUGUUCCAGGACAUCGUCUCCAUAAAGACGAUGCUCCUGAAGCUCAAACGAGUUCUUCAGGAGUCAGGAGAGAACGAUUUGACGAGGACAGAAACUCUCAACCCAUUCGAUAAUCCGAAGAAUGGCCUCUUCUGUAACCUGAACGAGGGUGGAAGUAACAUGACUGACGUGAGCACGUCACCGGGAAGUGGUGGUAGUAGUAUUGCGGACGAACUAGCGGAUUUGAGAAGGCAGGUGGUGUUCCUUCAGGGCCAGGUGGAGGACCGAGAUCGCACGAUACAAGUGCGAGAUCGUACCAUCGAGCUACUUGAGGUAAAUAACGAGCUCCAGAUGUCGAAGCUUCAAGAACCUAAGAAUGGCGAUAUUCAAAGUUGUACUUUGCCGACACGCAACAUCAACGUCUCCUCUGGAGACACUUGUAACGCCGCUACGCAAACAGAGAAGACACGUCCAGUGUCGGCGGGGCCCUCGCUCCUACAGUCACUCCCACAGGAUGGUGUCAUGGGGCCUCUCGUUAGUUGGAGUGACUCGUUGGAUCGUCAGCGACCUUCACUGCUCUCCGAGCUUAAUUCCGCCGGGAGCCAUCGCAAGCCAAUCGAACGUUUACCUCAUACGCUAAGACUCCGUCAGGAACAGACUCCGACACGUCGCAUCAAUGUGCAUGCGAGAAGACACUCGUCGGAAUGCGUGUCCGGCUCGCCCACCAAGCCGAAGAAUUGCAUAAAAUCGCCAUGCGAUUUAAACGACGCAGAACAACGUGAUGCUAAGAUAGAAGGAAACACUGUCAAGUCUCUCAUUCCGACACCUAGAAAACUACGGCUUUAAUGAUACGCCGGUUAUAUUGAUCUUCUUUGCGUGUAGCAACGUUUCUUUUCGUUCCAGACGUCCGCAUCCUCGAAGUAUAGAAAAUCUUUGAAAGACUCAUUGAUCUCCUUACGGACAAAUCAUUCACACAAAAUGUUUAAUUGAUUUUUCAUUCAGUAAAACCUGAACGCCUAAAUCGAAAAUGAGUCCAUAAUCGUUCCAAUUACGUUACAAGUUGCAAUAGAGCAACGAUAGCUGAAUUGUAUGUCAGCUGAAAAGAAUUUAAUUUGUAUAUAAUUACUCAAUCGCAUUUCUACCAGACGGUCCUUCGACCGAUUCGGACGUCCAAGAUAUCGUAAAAUGAUCUCGUUUUACUUGCUCGUACUCGUAAUUAGUUCUCUGCGCGACAUAAUGUUCACGUCCUACGCAUUAACAACGUAAUGAUGUAUGUCAUUUGAUAUUACGCAUUCGUCUGAUGUAAUUCGCCACAGUAUUUAUGUAAUGUGGUGCAGAGAGUGUCGCGCGAAGCCAUCUAUUCCUGAGCGGAUAUUUCGGAUGGUGUAUAAUUCGCGCCCGCGUGCGUUAUGGGUACGGAUAUCGGACUUAAUCGUUAAUAUUAGCGGUAAAUUUCAUUUCCUCACUUAAACGUGAUCUCAAGUGCAAAAUUAGAGACUAUCUGCUUAUCACUAAAUCCUUUAUCCGGCGAUCGGUUUAGGACCUGCGCUUCGUAUAUGUGUGGAGUCUUCUUCUAAAAUAAUGUCACAAUAUUGUGACAUUAUUUUUGGCAGCUGAAAACGG